AUGGAGUCAAACGGCCAGUCACUCGAUCAGCAGCGACAGUUAUGGCUCAACUCUAUCAGAACUGUUGUAUUCAGCAAAGAAGAUGAAGCGUCAUGCGGUACAACGGAAGAGAAAAUCCAUCACAACCUCCUUGACUACUUCCGCCAAUGGUUUGGUCACACCAUGCAAACAAUAAAGGUUCCAGACUACCAGCAGCUUAUCGGCCUCGAGUUUCAAACCGGUAGAUAUUCACGCAAGGAGCAAUCCCCAGGCGAACCAUUCCCAAAAUAUGUCAAUCAGCUUCAAGAGACUCUUGAUGGUAACAGCCGUAGGAAGUCAAUUUUCUUUUCCUUCGAGGGAGGUGGAGAACACAACGAUGGGGGUGCAUUUAUGAAUCAUCUCAAGAGCCUGAAACACAAAAGUGGGCGCACGGAUAAAGGGUUUAUGAUUCUGGGCGAUAAUCUAGAGCGUGAAGUUGUGUAUCGCACAUACAUACCCGGUGGACAGAACUUUCCAGAAUUGAGUGGACAAUAUAAACGCAGUGAGGUGGGUGGAAAGGUUAUGGGUGGAUAG